CCCCAUCUACUUGUCUCAACUCUAUAUUAGCCCUCUAUCUCCUUUCUGCUUUCCCACUCUUCAUCCAUUUUCAUUAGUAAAGAAAAAUUUUUAGAAGGGAAAAGAAUGCAGACUACUCAUCCACCAGCUCGUCAUGAGCAGCAGCAACUCUCUCGUCAGGUGGCCAAGACCACCACUGCUGUCACCGUUGGUGGCUCACUCAUGGUGCUUUCCGGGUUAACGCUGGCAGCCACCGUUAUUGGUCUAGCUAUUGCUACCCCAUUGUUGGUGAUUUUCAGCCCUGUUCUGGUACCUGCUGUGAUAACUGUUGGGUUGAUCCUUGGUGGGUUCUUGGCUUCUGGUGGUUUUGGAGCUACUGCAUCUUUUGUGUUCUACUGGAUGUACAGAUACGUGACCGGGAAGCACCCGAUUGGGUCGACCAAGAUCGAUUACGCGAGGGAUAAGAUUGCUCAUGCGGCACAUGAUGUGAAGGAGAAGGCUGAGCAGUUGGGGCAUCAAGCACAGCAGCAGACUGAGGGUUCAAAGAGAGGAGCUUUUUAUUAAUUAUGCAUGCAUGUAGCUUUUAAUUGUUUUUUGUUAAUCGGUUUUUGUUUUUGAGAAACUAUGGGUCUUAUCGUGUUUGUUGAAUUGGGGAAUGUUGUUGGUUUCUGUAGUAAAUAUCAAUGGUUCUUUUACUAGAGUUACUUUCAAUUAAUUAACGAGUUUGUUUCUCAA